AUGGUGCUAUUCCCAAGCUACGGACGACGACUCCCAGAAAAGAAAGCAGAUGAUACUAAGAUGCGCCCGCGACGGGACUCGUGGUCCGAAACGAUUGACGACUAUCGGGGUGUCUCUGAGGAUAGCAGCGACCGUCUUGGCGAUGGCUGGCCCAACCCCGAUCUUGAAAAUGCCAGGGUGGACGUUGACGUGCGUGGCUGGAUCUACGCGCCAAACCGAGGCCCCAUGAACCGAAAGCAUCGCUUGAUGGUCAAGCUGGCUCGAACUUUGAGUGGCAUUCCCACGCCCACGGGCACGGUUAACGAAGAUAGCCCCGAGCCGGUGCCCGGGAAAGGCGAGGAUGAGUACGUGGACAAGCAAAUGAAGAAUCUGGUCGAUACAGCAGAACGAGAUGCCGAUCAGGCAUGGAAAAGUUCUAAGACCGAGCGGGUGAAAGACGGUCUCAAAGAAGCUGCGCAGCUGACCAAAGAUGAGAUCUCCAUGGCAAAUGCUCAUUUAAUGGAAAGACUUCGCCCUUUCUUAACAAGCCCCGUUGCUGGUAUGCCGGUCACGAUAUUCUUCUUCGACAAUGAUCAGAGCGAAUCUCGCAACCUUAUGACUGAUGAGUCCGGUCACUUCAAUGUGCGGGCUCCCUUGCCAUUCGUACCAACCCAUGUUCGAGUGCUCGCGUCUGAAGAUCUAUCAGCUGCAAAGCCGAUUGAGAUUAUUGAACCCUCUGGUAUCAGCAUGAUUAGUGAUAUUGAUGAUACAGUGAAGCACUCUGCGAUUGCAAGUGGCGCAAAGGAGAUGUUCCGAAACACUUUCGUUCGUGAGCUGGCUGAACUCCAGGUUGGCGGAGUCAGCGAAUGGUAUACCCAAGUUGCUAAACGUGGUGUGGAAAUGCAUUACGUAUCUAACGCUCCAUGGCAAUUAUACCCUCUGCUCGAGAGAUACUUCAAAAUGGCCGGACUACCUCCAGGAUCCUUCCACCUCAAGCAAUACUCUGGCAUGUUACAGGGUAUUUUUGAGCCCACGGCCGAGAGAAAACGUGGUUCACUUGAACAGAUUCUACGGGAUUUCCCUGAUCGCAAGUUCAUUCUCGUCGGCGACAGUGGAGAAGCCGAUCUGGAGGUCUACACUGAUAUUGUUCUGGCAAACCGUGGUCGGAUUCUGGGCAUCUUUAUCCGUGACGUGACUACCCCAAAGGACAAGCCAUUCUUUGAUAAAUCCGCCGAGCACCUUGAAACGGGACCGGGUCGAAGUCGCAGCACUCCACAACUUGUGGACCAUUCGGAUUCUGCUACGAGGAGGCCUGCCCUGCCUCCGCGGCGAAAUUUUGAGAAACCAUCCACCCCGGAAACGGAUUCGAAAAGUCUGGAUACUGGAGACUUGAUUGAUCUGCGAGAUGAAGAAGAGCCUAAGACGCAGACCCCCAAUGCUAAUACAUCUGGCAAACGUCUCCCUCCCACCAAGCCUUCAAAACCGUCCACGCUGCGCACAUCAUCUGGGGCAACCGAUACUCUCAAGCCCCCAUCAGGCAUUUCAAGAACAGCAUCUCAAGAAGCGAUCCGCCGCAAGCCAGUUCCUCCCCUGCCGCCCCGGCGGACCUCGACAGCCAGGACGGAUUCUUUGAUCGAUUUAGACCCAUCUCCGCCCAUAUCUCGCACACAAACCGAACCACUUGCAGAUGGGAAUAAGCAGGGGCCGUCGGCUUCAUCUCGGAGUAAAGCACCGCCACCCGUGCCACCUCCCCGACGAACGAAUACUGCAUCGUCAUCAACGACCGCUAGCACUACACCUACUAACACUGGCUCAUCGCGGCCUACAACCGCUGCAAAGCCAUCGUACCCCAUGGCGGCAGCGCAGGCCACUCUCCAAUAUGCCACCGAACGCCUCAACCUGUCAUCUGCAGCGCCAAAACCUGGAUUGCGAUCGACGGCAUCGAACCAGUCCCUUGAAAGGAUGAACACCAACAGCUCUUACGCUACCACCGACUCAGGAAUGCCACCUGCGCCACUCCCCAACAAACGCGAAGAACUGUGGCGACGUCGCUGGGAGCGAGCGAGCGAGAUACUCGAGAAUCAAGGUGUUGUACUGGGUAGCUGGCGCGUUGGAAGUGACGCACAGCCCGUUUGUAUGUGGUUGAUAGAGGAGCAGCUGGGAAAGGGGCAAAAGAAACGCGAUAAAUAA